ACUUCACCAGGCCAUUACGCCCCCGCCCGGAGAUCAUGCACGCCGCCCUCCUCCUGCUUCUGCUGUCCCGCCACCUCCCCCCCCACUCUUCCUCCCUCGUGAAGAGCCAAGACCGUCUCACCCCCCAAAACAUGUCAGAAUUAAUGAACCUUCCCAGAAGCCACGUGCUUCUCCUUCUCUAGUGCCGCCACCUCCAAAACAGGAAAAAUCCCGUAAGACUAAGCCUGCUCCGCGGCCUCCGCCGCUAUCACCCCCUGACAAGUCUCGCAAGCACAAGCUUAUUCCAACGCCACUACCGUCACCGGACGAUGAAUCUGACGCGCCUCAGCCUAAACCAUCACAACCUCGCAAGCACGAGCCUAUUCCAGAGCCAGUACCAUCACCGGGCGAUGAAUCUCACAUGACUCAGCCUACUACUCCACCAUCACAGCGGCGUUCAACCCGAGACCACCGUGGUCGACGGGCCGGUCGUAAUGGUCGUUUACGAGUACCGAAAGAGAAGGGAACUAAACCACACACGUGGUUAUUCGCCGCCUUCUGUCUGAUAUUUUGGCUCGUCAUAAUCAUAGGAGGCUUGAUAGUGCUCAUAGUGUACCUUGUUUUCCGUCCCCAGAGUCCUCACUUCGAAGUGUCGAGCGCCACGCUUAAUGCAGCCUACCUGGACCUGGGCUACCUUCUCAAUGCCGACGUUACGUUACUCGCAAACUUCACGAAUCCGAACAAAAAGGUACAUGUGGACUUCAGCACCACGAUGAUCUAUCUCUACUAUGGGAGCACGCUCAUCGCCACGCAAUAUGUGGAACCAUUCUCGACGUCCAGGGCGGAGUCCAGGUUCGCUACCGUCCAUAUGGUCACCAGUCAAGUUCGGCUUCCACUGGCAGAGACUCAACGCCUGGUCAAACAAGUGCAGAGCAACGGCAUUAUACUCGAGGUGAGGGGAGUCUUCAGGGCAAGAUCCACAUUGGGACGCAUUUUCAGGUAUUCGUAUAACCUCUAUGGUUAUUGCACCAUCAUGUUGACACGCCCCCCUGGAGGGGUCCUCAUCAAAAGAAAUUGCAGAACCAAACGCUGAACCGGCAGGUUUUGCGGCAACAUGUUCUCAAGUUAAUACUCUUUUUUUGCCCUUGGGGUGGGAAUUUGAUUUUGCUAA